CUUGACUUCCCUUUCCACGCACUCGCACACACUUCGACACCGUCUUUUCUCCUGCAGCUCAGGCGACUAUUUCCUUCCAACGGGCGUUUCUUUGAUGGAGUCCGCCCUUGCUCUUAUCCACUUCCCCAUGUCCCACCACAUCUCACCACUAGUGCCAUUCUCGCCAAUCGUUGCUUCUCAGCCCAGGUCGCGGUGAAUUGGUCUCGACAAUGCUGGAACCCGCUACACUGGUCCUAUCACAGCUGCAUAAACGUUGAACUGGUAUUUGGUUCCGAUACUAUAUUACCCAAUUUAGGGUUGACCUGUGCUCCAUUAAGGAGAUAAGCAUACCCGGCUCUUAUAGGCCUACCAAUCAUCGUGGAUACCUCGAGUAUUGCACCCUUCGAUCAGCAUGACUGACACUCCGUCUGCUGUGUUUCAAACGGGAUCCAAUCCUGGUUUAUCUUCUCCACAAGCUGGUCGCUCCGUCGACUCACGUCCAGGCACUUGUCGUUCCACUACCUAUGAUACCUUCGCCCCCAAAACAACGCAAGACCCUCAGAUCGAUAACAAAUCGACCACGGGAAAGCCUGCAAAACGGAAGAAAAAUCGGCAUCGCAGGCAUCGUCAUCGUCGGCAGUCUUUCAUCAGUACCGAAGAUCCUCAUGCCGGGCCUCCUACUACUCCGCGGCCAGAAGUGGAAAACAUGGCUUUGAUGGCAGACGAGACCAAGUCUCGAGGCGCGCUUCCAUUCUAUAAGCUGGGAAGAGACUUAAGUGACACUAGCCUGGAAAGUGAAGCUUUGCUGGAUCAUCGGAAUCAACCCAUGAUGCGGCCGCGCAGAGACAGCCGACUCGCGCAAUCCUUCCGACCUGGAUCGUUGUCUACUACAUCUCGCACUAAUGAUGCAGGCGCUCGUAAUCUACCGUCUGGAACAAGAGCUUUUGCUAUGGAUGAUGACAGCGAUGACCCCGCACCCGUGGAUGAUCGGACACCGUUGAUGCGUCCUCCGUCCUCUACUCAUAGACACAAUACCUCUCGAUAUGGAACUGAUUCGAAGUCAAUCCCGUUCACAUUUCGCCAACGGCGCUCAUCUUUCCAGUCGGGUUCGUCUCGAUGCUCACCUCGUCGUAUCCCAAGCCCCGGGUUUCCUGAACAGGACCGCGAUUAUGACAUCAAUAACCCUCCAUCGAUGCCAACUUCACCGAAACUUGGGGCUGAUAUGGGCUAUGACGAUGCAGUUGUGACGGGGGCCGAUUUUGACUUCUCAUUGGCUAAGUCCAUUGACAAUCGGAUGGAAUCGAUGUCCCGAUCACACGACAUGGUAAUCGAUGUUGAAGGCGACGCCAACCGGAUCCGAAGUUCACCUCCAUCUUCCGUAUCGCCCCGCCACCGUCCUCCGCAAGAAGGCCUUCUUCGGCGUCGGACCCUACCUGUUGAAGAGGAUGUUUGUUUUCCCACUGAGGAGGUGUCUGAGCUGGCCGAUGAAGACGCAGCAAGGGCGCCCCGGGAAAGUGAGCGGCGGCGGCGGCGGCGGAGAGAAUGGCCCGACUUGUCGGUUUUGGAGGAAUGGAGCCGUGAGGAAAAAGAGGAGCGCACGGGUGACUUUCGGGCAAAAAAGAUCAGCGAGCCUGUGCUUAUCGAGGGUCGCCUGCGCCCACAGUAUCGACUUUGGCGACGCGAGGAAGAUGAGGCACCUUACCGAUUCACAUACUUCAACGAAGAGUUCCAGAGUACGAUACACGCUCAAACAAUUUCUGAACUAGUACAACCCGGGGGCAGUUUUCGCGAGCUUUUCAUCCCCAACCCUCCCGAAUUGGAGGUCUCUUCUGAUGAAGAGACGGACUCUGAUCAUGGUCCUGAAGAAGAGGUUUUCGACAAUAAAAACCACAACAACCAUACUACUGGUAAUGGGAACAGGGCUUCACCCUUCAGUCACAUUAGCCCUGAUUCUGUAAGUGGCCUCAAACAGCAACCCCGUAUGUCCAUCAUCAGCGAGGCUGUGUCCGAAGCGCGCACGUCAGCAAACGCGUCCCCGUCUCGACGGCCGCAGCAGCCGACGAAACCAAAGCGGUAUGGGCCCCGGCCAACCUUCUGGCUUGACAUGCUUUGCCCUACAGAUGCAGAGAUGCGAGUGGUUGCCAAAGCCUUCGGGGUGCACGCCCUCACCGCAGAAGACAUCAUGAUGCAAGAGGCGCGGGAGAAGGUUGAGCUGUUUCGAAACUAUUACUUCGUCAACUACAGAACCUUUGAUCAGGACCCAAAUAGCGAGAACUAUUUGCAGCCAGUGAAUAUGUACGUUGUUGUGUUUCGGGAAGGAGUCCUGUCCUUCCAUUUCUCUCAGACUCCGCACCCAGCGAAUGUACGCCGGCGAAUCCGUCAACUAAUGGACUACUUGAUUCUGAGCUCUGAUUGGAUAUCAUAUGCCAUAAUUGAUGAUAUCACGGAUGUCUUUGGUCCGCUGAUCCAGUCCAUCGAGGAUGAGGUCGAUGAGAUUGAUGGGGUGAUCAUGAAGAUGCACUCUCCAGAGCCGGUAUCAGGCCAGAACAAUAGGCUAGAAGAUGAUGGAGGUGAAGCUUCAACUACAUUAGCCCCGGGUGAAGUACUUCGAAGGGUGGGAGUUUGUCGGAAGAAAGUCAUGGGCAUGUAUCGGCUGCUGAGCAACAAGGCAGACGUUGUCAAAGGCUUUGCCAAACGCUGCAACGAGCAGUGGGAAGUGGCACCGAAAUCGGAGAUUGGCCUAUACUUGGGGGAUAUUCAGGACCAUAUCAUGACGAUGACAAGUAGCUUGACCUACUACGAAACGCUCUUGUCCCGCGCCCAUUCCAACUACCUCGCGCAGAUCAACAUUCUCAUGAAUGAGCGGCAAGAACAGACGGCGGAUGUAUUGGGAAAGCUGACCGUACUAGGAACCAUUGUCCUUCCCCUAAAUAUCAUCUGUGGUAUGUGGGGGAUGAAUGUCAAGGUACCCGGUCAGGACAUAGAUAGCUUGACGUGGUUCUGGUCGAUAACGGCCGGACUGAUCAUGUUCGCCUUUGCGUCAUUUCUUAUUGCCAAACGGGUGUAUAAGAUUGUAUAAUUUGCAAUUCGAGAUUGCAUUGUGUCUUUGAGCCAGAUUAGACACCCUCUCUUGUCCGCGAAUUCAAACUCUACGCUUUGUAACAGGGUCUUUGCUUCUAUUUUCU